AUGAGAGCAGCGAGGCUGGCACCUCGGCAAUGGCCCAGUGUCAUGAGCACCGUGCGGACAGGGCAGGCUGCGAUGAGUACGUCUGCGCCCGCCAGGAGCAGCAAUGCCCUGGGCCAGCUUGGGGACGAGGAGACGGCGCAGCGCCUCGUUGAUGCCAAGGCAGAAAUGGUGCGGCUGGGCUACCACGCACCGAGUCUGUGGACCCAGGUCAUCUGCUGGGGAGACCACGAUCAGUUCCAGCACGUCAACAACGUCCACUUUGUCAGGUUCAUCGAGUCGGCCAGGAUGCGCUUCGCCGAAAAGAUUGCUCUGGACCUGCCUCCAGAGCGCCAAGCCGAUAUGCUCCGUGGCAAGGGCAUGAGCUUCAUUCUGCAUUCGAUCAACGUCAGAUACAAGAGGCCCGUCGUGUAUCCGGAUACGCUCCUUGUCGGAAGCCGUCCCGUAGUGCCCCUGGGAGACGAUCGCUUUUCGCUCCAGUCGGGCCUCUACUCCGUCGCGCAGGGCGCCAUUGUCGCGACGGGCGAGCAGAUCAAUGUCACAUACGACUACCGGACGCUCAAAAAGGCACCCAUUCCACCUGAUUUCCGCCACGCUCUCGAGAAGGCAGCGGGCGCGCCUUCUGCGUGA